GAUCUGACAUACUUCACAAAGAAGGAAAUCCUUUAUGCCCACAACCAUUUCCAGAAGUUGGCCCCUGAAAAAGUUGGUCACAAUCCUAAUGCCAAGCUGCCCAUGGACAAGCUCCUCACCCUGCCAGAGCUGCGAGCCAACCCUUUUGCUGACCGUAUAUGUCAGGUGUUCUCUUCAUCAAAAGAUGGCGACUGCACCUUUGAAGACUUUCUCGACAUGAUGUCAGUCUUCAGUGAGGCUGCACCGAAGACUGUAAAAACAGCCUAUGCUUUCAGAAUUUAUGAUUUCGACGGCGACGAGUACCUGGACCGCAGCGACCUGACGCAGGUCGUGUGCCGCCUCAUCGGUGGCCGGCACGUCACUGAACCGUCCCAGCUGGUGGCCGACCUCCGCAUGAGCUCCUCAGAUGUUGACAUCCUCGUAUCCAAGAUACUUGAGGAAGCCGACCUCGACGACGACGGCAGACUUGCGUACGCCGAGUUCGACCACGUCAUGUCCAAAGCUCCAGAUUUUGCCAAUUCCUUCUUGAUCCGCCUGUGAAGUACAAGUCUGGUGACGGUCUUCUCUUCCCCACGCGCUUCCCUCUUCAGAUCAAUUGGCAAUCUCAAAAUAAUGUGUUCAAAACUUUAAUUGGUGAUAGGGUUAUAGUGAUGUAAUUAUCAUAGUAAUUUUAAAUUAUUAUUCUGGUAGUUACUAAUUUAUCUUACGGUAUCGUCGAUUUAACUUGGGUUAUUAAGUUUGGUAAGGGAAAUAAGAAACGCUCUAAACGAUGUGAUAAAAAGAAUGUUAAAGGAUUCAGUUUCACAUUAAAAGUUAUAACAUUACUGAUGAGUUCAAAAUCUAUGCUUGCAAGUUCUUUGUUGCA